UUUGCAGUCGGUGUUUGUAGUGGUGGGGUUUGUUUGGUUUCUUUAUUUUUUUCCGGUGGUCAUGUCCAAGCUAGGAACCAAGAGCAUGAGGGAUGGAGAGACAGACAUGUCCUGUGAUGGACAAGCCCUAAGCCCUUUUGGAUCAAGAGAAGAAGAAGAAAGCAAGCAGAAAGUGGAACACCAGCAAACAAUCGUGUGGAGGAAUGUCGUUUUAAUGGCCUUGCUUCAUACUGGAGCUGUGUAUUCCCUUCUUCUCAUUCCCAAGGCCCAUUUGUAUACUCUGAUCUGGGCAUACAUAUGUUUCCUGGUGUGUGCCCUGGGUGUGACAGCGGGUGCCCAUCGCUUGUGGAGUCACAGAUCUUACAAAGCCAGACUGCCUCUGCGAAUAUUUUUGGCUGCAGCCAAUUCGAUGGCAUUUCAGAAUGAUAUUUUUGAGUGGGCCCGAGAUCACCGGGUGCAUCACAAAUACUCGGAGACGGAUGCUGACCCGCAUAAUGCUCAGCGGGGGUUCUUUUUCUCCCAUAUCGGCUGGCUCUUUGUUCGGAAGCAUCGUGAUGUCAUUGAGAAAGGAAGAAAACUGGAUUUCAGUGAUUUAUUGGAGGAUCCGGUGGUGACCUUUCAGAGAAAGUACUAUAAAAGUUCUGUUGUGUUGAUGUGUUUUGUCAUUCCUACUAUCGUGCCUUGGCAUUUCUGGGGCGAGAGCAUAUGGAAUUCAUACUUCUUGGCUUCUAUUCUCCGCUACACCGUCUCCCUCAACGUUGCUUGGUUGGUCAAUAGCGUGGCUCACAUGUAUGGAAACAGGCCCUAUGACAAAAACAUCAACCCUCGGCAGAAUGGCUUUGUCACUUUCGGAGCUAUCGGAGAAGGUUUCCAUAAUUACCACCAUACCUUUCCAUUUGAUUAUUCAGCCAGCGAGCUUGGCUUGAAGUUCAACCCAACCACAUGGUUCAUUGACUUGAUGUUUUGGUUGGGUUUGGUCACUGAGAGGAAGCAAGCCCCCAAGGAGAUGAUCAAAGCUCGCAAAGAGAGAACUGGAGAUGGUACUUCUUGAGAAACAAACCGACUUCUUGAAUUUGGAUGCUGCUGUAUGUGUCGUUUGUAUGUAUCUUCAUUGAGGGGGGCUCCUGUCCCAAAACCUUCCCCUUAUAAUGAAAGUAGUAUUUUUCAUUGAAUGACGGCCAAAUUCAUUUCUGGAGAAACGUCAUUUUUCUUUAGUGCAGUCCUUUUUCUAUGGCAGAAAACACUUUAAAUAUUCAUUCAUCUUCCAAGAAGGGUGUGAAUGUUCAUUCCAGACUGCAAUUUUCCCAUAAUGUAAUGCCCUUCAGAUGCGUUGAACUCUAGUUCCCCAUAAUCCAAAGGCAAUUGUGGCCUUUGGACAUGAAAGUCCAACACAUCUGGAAAGUACCUGGUUGGGAAAGGCUGGGUGGGCAGUCCUCGGGGUUGUGGGUGCUCUAUCUGCUGAAGGCAUGAGAUCUACUAGCCAUGGGGUAGAGUCAGAUGCCAAAGCAUGAUGGUUUUGCCUCUAGACAUACAGAGGUCCAUCUGACACGCUGCACUCCGAUGUAGAAUGUAAAACUGGC